GUCGAGAGUCUGUUGAGGAAAUAUGUGGAUUGUCCCGCCCAGCCUGUUGAACAGGUGGAGCCGGUUACAGGUAUAGGCCGACAGUGAACGCGCUGUCACACCGUGCACGUUUGGAGAGAAAUGAACAACAGGUGUCCCGGCGGCAACACUCUCCACCACUUGGCCUCUUGUGUUUUUUGUCGUAUCAACCAAGAUGAAGCUCGCGGUUUUUUUGGCCUUCCUGAGUGUGGCUGUGAUGGCUGCAAUGAUUUUCCAAGCCGUGAGCCAGGAGCUGACCCUGCGUUUUUUGAAAAGCCGCAUGGUGGAAAACACGGAGCAGGUUAAGAGGAAGGAGGAUGCCAUCGUCGAAGUGAAAAGCAAAAUCCAGGCGAUGAAAUCAAAGCUGGUGUUUGUCAACACCAACAUAGAUACGCUGAAGAAGAAGAAGACAGACAGUGAACAAAAAGCACAGGAGUUCAAUAAAAAUCUGCAGACCUGUAACACAGAGAAGCAAGAUGUUGAGAAGAAGACCUCAGGGAUGAGAGAGAGCAUGAAUAAACUCAAAGCUGAUCACGAACAGGCUAAAAAGAAGGCUCAAGAGGACAUUCAGAGCUUGAAACAACAGAUUUUGGAUAGAGACAAAGCUAUUUGUGCUUUUGCCGAUACUUCCAAGGAGGAAGCACGGAAGCUGUGUGGACUGUAGUAAACUCAGAAACAUUCAACAUUGACUGGGAACAAUAAAAAAGAGAAGCAUGCCAUGCAAAUGAGGAUAGAAUUUGUAAUUUUGCUGAUGUGAGUACAGCUCUGAUGGUUUCUUAUGAGAAAGUAACAACUGUGUUGUUUUGUACAUUCAUUACUUGGAAGAGUUGCACAGUCAUGGGGAGUAGGCCAAGAUGUUGCAAGGUUUUGUACCAUUUUGCAAUGUUAUUAUUUUGGUGGGAUCUAGUUAUGCCCUUUGUCUCUGUAAAAUACUUUUCCAUAAAUAAAUGAACCUGACUGUCAUGCAGAUGCAAUUUUACUCUGAUUAAACCCGUAAAGCUAUAAUUUUUACACCUGAA